CAAACUUGAAAAAGAAUCACACAUCAGAAUAUUUUAAUUUUUCUUUUGUUUUGCCAUAAGAAUAUAUAUCAUGACGAUAAAGAAUGUACUUUUUGUUCUAGUAACCAUUUGUGUAGCAGUUUCUGUAAAUGCUCAACUACAGCAAUAUCCGAUUAUUUUCUCAAACCCGCUUCCAUUUCUGCGCUCGACUGGUAUACUAAACCUACCAGACGUAAAAAAAUGUUUCUCGUCCGUGAGGAAUGUUCCAGGAUGCUUAUUAGAGAUCUCUCAAGCUUUUGGAGAGAAAUUCGGUCACAUGAUGCCCGCUUGUUGUAAGGCUUUCAUGGAUAGCAUAAAAUGCAUGCCAAAUAUUCUAUACAGUGUACUUUUCCCUCCUAAUUUGAAAGAACAAUGUAAUCAGGCAGGGAUCCACUAA